CAACUACCUGGGGCUGGUGCCGGAGCUAAGGCUGCGCUGAGGGCUAUGCUCAACACACGACACAGUAAGAAGAGGGGGUUUUUUUUUUCAAUCUCUUGUCUAUGCCCGGGGUGAAUAGUCGGUCGGAGCUCCAAGCGGCUGGCAACCGGGAGGCCUGGGAAUCCUGCAGAGAAGCAGAUAAGGGGAUUAGAGAGGGCUACUAUGGUGUUGUUCUCCAUGCUCUAUCACUCAGCACGGGGAAGCUGACAUACAGACGUCGGAGGCAGCUUGGAGGUCAUCUUUGGGGAUGCCUGCCUGAUGGUGGAGCAUCUGAGAUCUGGCUCGUUCCGUCGCAUCUGAUGCCACGGGGGGGGGCUAGCUGGGCAGCGUGGUAUUUGUGGUCGGGGGCGCAGUACCAGGAGCCAAGUCUCGCGCUGUUCGCUGCUGCUGUUGUCGUCGACUUAUUGCCCCCCGUCCGCAGCCCUUGGAGUGCUCCUGUUUCCGCUUUCGACUUGGCCGUGCGCGCCAUGCCCAAAGUAGCCUUGCGCAUUCAACCAUACAUCCAUACGCAGAAUAUUUUACCGUACAGUGCCAGAAUACGGCGAGCCCGUUGUCCCGCCGCCGCCGCCAGGGGUGCCACCGCCGACGCACGACGCACACGCCCCUUCCCUUCAUGGGGGUGCUGCUCGCUCACCCUGACCCCCAGUCCGCUGGGUGAUCGUCGAGGAGCAUUCCGCACCCUUGUCGAUGCUCGGCCUCCUUAUCGACGCUCUUCACAUGCCUCCAUGCCUGUCUCCACCGCACACCCAAGCGCCUGGCGCCGCAUGCAACGGAAGCACCAUCCAGCGAUGCGAGGCACUAGCUCGCUCAUCAUUCUCGCGGAGCUAGAGCCCUCAAUUGAUGAGCAUCAUCGCCGCUCCGCUGCUCCUGCACUCUGUCUGAUUCUUGAUUAUGCAUCGACAACCGCUGUUGGGCAAGGCAGCUCUAGCACAAAGUACACAUUGCUGCUAGCCCCCCCGGCGCCUCUCUGGGCAGCCCUAUACCCUUCGUCGCUCUCAUUUCUGCCACCAAGCCUCCCAGCUCUACAUGUAAUACAUUCGUUGUUGUUCUUGUCCCAAUUCCUAAAUCGGUCGCCUCAGCUCGGCCGCCGGACUAAGCCCCAACCUGACAUACAUGUCGUUUCUGACUCCCUCCCCACUCGUAACUUUCUGAAACUCGACUCGACUGCCUGACCUUACGUUUACAACUGCUACAAUUAGCUACUAAGUAAUCCCUCCACUCGCUGCCAAUCCGCACCCAACCAGGGCAAGACACCAGUGCCAGCAGCGUGCCAAAACGAAACACUUUAUACAUUACGCUUCCGUGCCGCGCCUCUGACUUGUUGGUCCGUACGCACCCCGCGGUUCACCCCAUCCAGAAAUAUCAAUUCGGCCACUGCCACCAGCACACCUCAACCAUCCACCGGGGCCCAAGCUUUUAAUAUACUCCACCUCAUGUCUUUGGUACUAAUUGCACGCUAAUCAUCAUCUCUACCACGUUAUCCACCAUAUUUUCCCUCUAAAUUACCUCUCUGCCGGCCC